AUGACGGAGGACAUUGGUGCCCUAGAUCUCGAGGUGUACGAGCAUGAUGAUCUGGAGUACCUGAAACGCGUGAUCCAUUCUUUGCGCAACUAUCAGGCAUGUGCCUUGAACCAACUCUCUCACAAGCAACGAUCUCUCUCGUUGUGCAGUCUUCCUCAAAAGGAGCUCUUACUGGAGCACAAGUUCGGCGACUACCUCCACAACAUCAUGAACAGUAUCGAGGCCAAUCAGGCGGUGCUGCAAGACAUCCUGAAACUGGCCCAACAACAAUUGAUCAAGUUGGAACUGGAGCCCGAUCGGAAGACGUUCCUCCACGAUUUCGCCCGAUUGGAAGAGCUGUUCCUUCAGAUCGUGCGAGAAUGGAGCUCGGAAGGCGCCCCGGUCCGUCAAGCCAGUUUUGAGCCCAUCCUGCAAGAUCUGAAAAGCUUGUACCCCUUGUCCCAACGACCUCUGACCAAGGUGCUGAUCCCUGGGAGUGGACUUUCUCGUUUGGCCUUUGAUGUGGCUUGUCAGACCUUUGACUGCACGGUCAACGAACAGAGCAUGUUGAAUCUGUUCACGGCCAAUUUGAUCUUGAACAAGUGCACCCGGAUUGACAACUACCGAGUGUACCCGUGGAUCCACAACUUGAACAACAAACUCGAGGCGGGUGGAACCACUCGACCCGUGGCCUUUCCGGAUGUGGAUCCCACCCUUCGACCGGACCCAUUUCGAUUCCAAGUAAUCCCUGGAGAUUUUCAGCAGUUUUUAACCCGACGUCCGGAUCUGGAAGGUCACUUUGAUUGUGUGCUGACCUCGUUUGUCCUAGACUCCACUCACAAUGUCAUGGAAACGGUGGAGGUGAUCGGAAAAUGCUUGAAACCCGGAGGCAAGUGGAUCAACCUGGGGCCCUUGAAUUAUGUAUACGCCAAAUAUCCGGCCGAAAUGAGUCUGGAAUUGAGUUGGGAUUUGUUGAGAGAAGUGAUCCUGGCCUCCGGAUUCCAAUUUGUCAAGGAGGAGGAGACCCCAAGGACUUGUCCUUAUGUGUCAGAUCGAAAUUCAAUCAGCUCGGUGAACUUCCAGUGUCUCCAUUUUAUUGUCGAAAAGAAGAGCUGAAAUAUAACGAAGAUCCAUGGAUUCAAGACA